AUGCAUCUCCUCACAGUGCUUGCGCCGCUUGCCAAGGCGGAGGGCCCGCCUAGCGGUUUGCCGGGGUCGUCCGCAGCAGCAGCGACGCCUCGUUCCGCGGCGAAAGCAGCAGCAGCAGCAGCAGCAGCAGCAGCAGCAGCAGCAGCAGCAGCAAAAGCCUCCCCCCCGCUGCACGCGCUGCUGCCCCCCUCCCCUGCAGCAACAGCCUACGCACACUCCGACACUUCCACGCAGCCCGAGAGGUCUUCUUUGCUGUCGCCGAGUCCUUUGCUGCUGCCGCUGACUCCGGGGGGCCCCUGCAGCAGCCUGUGGUCGGGGGCCCCCUCCCCCAAGCAGCAGCAGCAGCAGCAGCAGCAGCAGCAGCAGCUGCAGCAGCAGCUGCUGCUGCACAAGCAGCAGCCGUGGGACUGGAACGCGUACGCCAGAGGCCUCCCUUCGCUCCUCGCAGGGCCCGAGGCCCUGCAGGUGACGGAACAGCAGCAGCAGCAGCAGCAGCAGCAGCAGCAGCAGCAGCAGCUGGCUCUCGGCAAUGACGCAGACACUCCUGCUGCUGCUGCAGCAGCAGCAGCAGGUGGCGCUUCUGCUGCUGCUGGAAGAGUGCCGCCGAGUCCUGCUGCUCCUUGCCUCCUUCACACCACCCAGGUGCUUCCUGCUGCUGCUGCUGCUGCUGCGGAGAAGGCCUUUUGGCCCCUCAGCAGCAGCAGCAGCAUAACGACGCAUGCAAGCUGCAGCAGCUUAGCCACACUUGCAAGCAGCAGCAGCAACAGAAGCUACCCCUGCCUGGCUUCUAGCAGCAGCAUUGUAUCCCUUCCUGCUGUGGAGCCGCUCUUGCAGCAGCAGCAGCAGCAGCGCUUGCUGCAGCAGCAGCACGACUCUCUGCAGCAGCUCCAAGAGCCGCAGCAGCAGCAGCAGCAGCAGCAGCAGCAGCACAUUCAUGAACUUGUGAUGAAGCAACGCAGUGAGUUUCUUCGAGGGUUGGAUGGGGCCAAAGGGUCACCACGGCAGCGGCUGCAGGCUCAGCAGGAGCAGCAGCAGGAGCAGCAGCAACGCCAGAUCCAGCUGCAGCAGCAGCAGCAGCAGCAGCAGCAGCAGAAGCAGCAGCAGCAGCAGCAGCGAAAGGAGCAAAGCUUCCAGACACAAGAGGUUUGCAGCUGCAGCCCCGUCUCAGCAGCGCAGCAAACUCGCCGGCCUCCGUGGCUGCGGCGGCACCCGAGGCCUGCGGCCCCGGGAGAGCAGCAGCAGCAGCAGCAGCAGCAGCAGCAGCAGCAGCAGCAGCAACAGCACCAGCAGCACGGUCCGCAGCCUCAGCAGCAGGACUCGGACCAGCAGCAGCAGGAGCAGCAGCAGCAGCAGCGAGAAGCUGCACAGGUGUCGGAGUCGCAGCAGCAGAAGCAGCAGCAGCAGCAGCAGCAGCAAGCUGCUUUUCUUUGGGGACGGGUGCUGCAGCAGCGGCGCUGCCAGUCUUGGAUAGAUCAUCGCAUGCAGCCUGCGGGGCUUCUUCCCCCCAGCAGCAGCAUUUUGCCCCAGCAGCAGCAGCAGCAGCAGCAGCAGCAGCGGGUGCGAGCAGCAUCGGAGUCUCCUGUUCUGCUGCAGCAGCAGCAACCAAUGCAACAGCAGCAGCAGCAGCAGCACCGUUCAGCCCCCAUCGCGGUGCACCUUGACGGGGCUGGGUCCUGCUGCAGUAGCUCGUACAACAGCAGCUGCAUGCAGCAGCAGCAGCAGCAGCAGCAGCAGCAGCAGCAGCAACGCCAGGGAAUAUUACCUCAAGAGGAUCCCUGUGGCAUGCACGAGGCCCUCAUAACUGACCUGGGCCACGGCUGUUUGCUGCAGCAGCAGCAGCAGCAGCAGCAGCAGCAGCGGCCGCUGCUGCCUUGUGAAAGCUGUUUUUGCACUAUGGCUGCCCAGCAAGAGCAGCAGCAGCAGACGCAGCAGCAGCAGCAAUGCUCUUGUAGUGGCUGCUGCCCCAAAGAGAAACCGGAGCAGCAGCAGCAGCAGCAGCAGCAGCAGCCUGUGGCGCUCAUGAGCUGGCCCUCGCAGGUGUGCUCCUUGGCCGCUGAAGGAGCAGCAGCAGCAGCAGCUGCUGCUGCUGCUGCCACAGUGGGCUCCGCCUUUGCUGCGCCUGAGUCAGGCUGCUGCUCCUGCUGCCCGGGCUUGUCUGUUGCAGCAGCAGGAGCAGCAGCAGGAGCAGCAGCAGGAGCAGCAGCAGGGCCAGAGCAGCUCAUGGUGCUGCAGUAUAAAGACAUGCUGAGGCAGCAAGGCCGCAUCAUAAGGGAGCAGCAAGAACGCAUACUGCAGCAGCAGCAGCAGGACUGGCUGUUGCAGCAGCGCGUGGCUUUGCUGGAGCAGCAGCAGCAGCAGCAGCAGCAGCAAAGUCAGGAAGCUUCUUGCGGACGCAGCUUCUCAGGGAGAGUGAGCGAAGCCCAUCUUCGCGGCUGCCACAGCUGCAGCAACGUGGCCAGCAGCAGCAGCAGCAGCAGCAGCAGCAGCAGAAUCAGAGGUUUCUGCUGCAGCAGCGACUGCUGCUCCGGUGCUUCCGAACCGCUGCAGCAAGCGGCUGCCUACGGCGGCAGCUGCAGCAGCGAGGACGUGAGCCACGCCAGACCAGCAGCAGCGGCAGCAGCUGCUGCUGCAGCAGCAACUUGUCCGAUCCCCUUCAGCAGCGAUACGCCUGCUGCAGCAGCAGCGACUGCAGCAGAAGCAGCACCGGCGAAUGCCCGAGAAGCUGCAAGAGCAGCAGCAGCAGCAGCAGCAAAGGAGCGCGUGCGGGGCCAGCGCAGCAGCCGGCAGCGCAGCAGCAACGACAGCAGCAGCAGCAGCAGCAGCGAAGAAAACAGCCUUUGCUGCUGCCAGCAGCAGCCCUGCUGCUGCCAAGAAGAGCUGUGGCUCUCGCAAGCGCUUGGCCGCGGCAUAGCGGGGCGGCGGCGGUGGCAGCGGCGGCUGCGGGGCUGCAGCAGCAGAAGCAGCAGCAGCAGCAGCAGCAGCAGCCGCAGCAGCAGCAGCUGGGCGAAGCGGGAAGCGUCGCCGGGCGCUGCGGGCUGCGGGCGGGGCCGCGACAGCAGCAGCAGCAGCAGCAGCGGCAGCAGCAGCAAGAAGCCCUGCAGCAGCAAACUCCAGCUCAAACAAAUUUCCAAAAAAGAUAUUUAUUUAUCUCCUUCUGUUCAAAGAUGCUUAAAGACAAGACUCAAAGUUCGGCAGCAAGCUCUCGUGGGCUGUCUGCAGAUGCGGGCCUCAUUUUUGGAGGGGGCGGACAGGGCGCUGCAGCGCGAGCUGCAGCAGCAGCAGCAGCAGCACGCACCCCACAGCAGCAGCAGCAGCAGCAGCAGCAGCAGCAGCAGCAGCAGCAGCAGCAGCGCUGCCAACGCCCUGGACCUCCAGGCGUGGCUGCUGAGGGCGCAGCAGUGCUGCGAAGCUGAGGAAGCAGCACUUCGAGGAAUGCUGGCGAAGCAGCAGGAGCGGCGGCUCCGCUGA